CCGCAGAUUAUGGGCGGGUCUUCUCCGUGCUGCCAGUCAGCUUCCUUCCUCUUUGGCUACAGCUAGUAUUAGCUCCUACAACGUGAUUAGAGCUGCAAUAAGGAGGCUAACAGCGUAGGAGUGGCAAGUCCAGAGUUCACGGGAAUUUGAAAAACAUAUAAUAAAGAUGGCAGCCAUCAGGAAAAAGUUGGUGAUUGUGGGGGACGGAGCGUGUGGUAAGACCUGUCUCCUCAUCGUCUUCAGUAAGGACCAGUUCCCUGAGGUCUACGUCCCCACAGUGUUUGAGAACUACAUUGCAGACAUCGAGGUGGACUGCAAACAGGUGGAGCUUGCGUUAUGGGACACAGCAGGCCAAGAGGACUAUGACCGGCUGAGGCCCCUCUCCUACCCUGACACUGAUGUUAUCCUCAUGUGCUUCUCCAUCGAUAGUCCCGACAGUUUAGAAAACAUACCCGAAAAAUGGACGCCUGAAGUGAAGCAUUUCUGCCCCAAUGUCCCAAUCAUCCUGGUCGGCAACAAGAAAGACUUGAGGAACGAUGACCACACACGCAGAGAGCUGGCCAAGAUGAAGCAGGAGCCGGUGAGGCCAGAGGAGGGUCGGGACAUGGCGAACCGCAUCAGUGCCUUCGGCUACCUCGAGUGCUCGGCCAAGACCAAGGACGGUGUGCGCGAGGUGUUUGAGAUGGCCACUCGGGCGGCCCUGCAGGUUCGCAAGCGCAAGAAGAGGGGCAUGUGCCUGCUGCUGUGAGGAGGAGCCUGACCGGCAUAGGAGGGCCUACAAGAUGAAACCUUUAUACCAAUGGUUUUGGUGGACUGUAUUUACAUAAGGAUACACCAAUAACAUGCCACGGCAAACUGAAAGACUGACACACUUGUUGAAAACCUUAACAGAUCAGCCUUUUACUGUCUCCAUUUCCCUCUGCUCUCACAUUUCCUUCUCUUGUUUACUGUCUUUCUGUUCCUUCUUUCACAAACACACCAGCCUGUGUACGUAAGGGGCCUGCCCCAUCUCCUGUUUGUUUGUAUGAGUGUGUUUUCUAUUUAUAUGUGUAUAAUCUUGACAUAUAUAUUUUCAACUGGCCAACCGCUUCUGUGUUGAUUGUUUACAGAUAGGGGCUAAGGGCUUGCAUUUUCAAAGGGCAAACUACUGGUGGAAACCACGUCCACAUAAAACACUACUUUAGAGUCAACGUAAACGGGAAGCCUCUGGUUAAAAGCACAUGCUUCACGCAUCGCUGGUAUUCCAUCUCAUGUCCGUGCCUGCUUUGAUUUGUUUCCAUCUAUUCGCAUACAACAACACUUAUAUUGGGACAUUUUUAACUAAUAGUGGCUAGUUUCAUUAUAUCAGCCUAUAUAUAACAUAACUGCAGUGUUUCUGACACGUGUGUCUUAACGUCCAAAAACAAUACUCUACAUAAUGCAAUACUGGCUGAUGCUCAGUGGGCAUGUCUAUUUCAUAGAUGCCUUAUGCAGUCCUUAUGAGAUAAAUUACGAUCUAUUCUGUUUCACAUAGUCAUACGGACGGAUUUCUAGGUAUUUGGUGACAUUACAAAUGAUAUGUUGCAAUUAAAUGGUUUUGGUUUGUUGAUCAGAGCUCCAACCAAGAGCGCCAACCUUAAACAGUACUACUCUUAAUGGCAAACGGCUUAAUUAGGUUAUUUUGGCAUGGGUAACUUAAUAUAUGUGCCAUUUUUUUAACUGUAAUCACAGCUUUGUAAAUAUAUAAACAUGUAGACAUUCCUUAAGACCAAACCAGUGUCCCUAGAGUUAUUUUUACAAUUCAACAUUCAAAACCUAGCAGAUUCUAAGACUUUUUGAUUGCUUUUCAGUUCAUGUAAUGAAUCAUGACAUGGUCUUCAUUUGCCUUAUAUGCAUCAAAGCUUAAAGUACUUUGUGAUCCAUCCAUCCAUUAAUGUGAUACGUCCAAGAACAACCUCAAAUACAAGUACACUUGAUGGCCUAACAUGGUGAGAGUGGAUCUAUGCUGCCAAUCAACGUUAAAACAACCUUUUGGUUGCCAGUGCUUAAGCAGUCCAAGAACUAGUCAGAAAGCUUUGGGCAUAGAUCAACGGCCCUCCUAUCUGUAAUGUCCCAGAAUAUUAGCCACAGACACCCAGAACAAGACGCUGACAUAAUGAUGGUUUUACAAACCGGACUGGGGCCCGCAUUCAGUGUCUGAGUAAAAUAUGUUAAUAAAGUAUUUUUGAAAUGCAA